AUGGGUGCUCUUCUUUCUAUUCCACUCUUGGCCGUGCCGAGUGUUGGCACUCUUGUCACCGUCGCAGGAUCAUGCUGUGGUGCUGCGACAUGCUCUGCAGUUUGCAGUGCCUGCGGAAAGUUCCAAAACAGUAUGGCAACGAGAAUCGCAUACGCCUUUAUCCUUCUUAUCAACUCGAUUUUAUCAUGGAUUAUGCUCACGCCAUGGGCUUUGAAGAAACUGCAAAACUUGACCCUCGACUAUAUGGAGAUCCGUUGCGACGGGAAGGAAUGUCAUGGCUGGGUUGCGGUGCAUCGAAUCAACUUCGCUCUCGGUCUCUUCCACUUGAUAUUCGCCCUUCUGCUGCUCGGAGUUAAGAGCUCUAAAGAUACCCGUGCUGCCAUACAGAAUGGCUAUUGGGGCCCAAAGGUCAUCCUUUGGUUGGCCUUUAUCGUCAUGUCCUUCUUUAUCCCCGAGCCCUUCUUCUUCGUGUACGGCAACUACAUUGCCUUCUUCUGCGCCAUGCUCUUCCUUCUCCUCGGAUUGAUCCUGCUGGUCGAUCUUGCGCAUUCGUGGGCGGAGCUGUGUCUGCAGAAGAUCGAGGACAGCGACUCUCGCCUGUGGCGCGGUUUGCUCAUUGGUUCGACUGUGGGCAUGUACUUGGCCUCUUUCGUCAUGACUAUCUUGAUGUACAUCUUCUUCGCCAACAGUGGGUGUUCCAUGAACCAAGCUGCAAUCACGGUAAACUUGGUCGUGUUCUUGAUUAUCUCUUUUGUCUCUGUUCAACCAGCGGUGCAAGAGUCAAACUCCCGCGCAGGCUUGGCACAGGCUGCCAUGGUCACUGUGUACUGUACCUAUCUCACCAUGUCUGCCGUUUCGAUGGAACCCGAUGACAACAACUGCAACCCAUUGAUCCGAUCUCGCGGCACACGCACAGCCACCAUUGUUCUCGGUGCAAUUGUCACUAUGCUGACUAUUGCAUACACCACCACGCGCGCCGCUACGCAAGGAAUUGCCCUGGGCUCCAAGGGUGGCCACAGCUACAUUCAACUUGGCACCGAUGACAACGAGCACGGCUUGAUUACUCAACAGCCCAACAGCCGUCGCGAGAUGAGAGCCGAGGCCCUCCGGGCUGCAGUUGAUAGUGGCAGUUUGCCUGCUAGUGCGCUGGACGACAGUGACGACGAAGAUGAGUUCGAAGCCGUCAAAGAUGACGAGCGGGCCUCGACCCAGUAUAACUACUCGCUAUUCCAUAUCAUCUUCUUCCUCGCUACAACGUGGGUUGCUACGUUGCUGGUCCAGGGCUUGACACUCGAGACCACGGCGGACUUUGCGCCAGUCGGCCGCACCUACUGGGCCAGCUGGGUGAAGAUCAUCAGCUCCUGGGUCUGCUAUGCCAUUUACCUCUGGACCUUGGUUGCACCUGUGGUUCUGCCCGAGCGCUUUGGGGCUUAUUGA